AUGACUUCUAAUGGUUCCACAAUUACUAAGGAUGGACUUUCAAACGUUAACGUAACUGCAGCUCUUGACGUUGAAGGUAACGUUCCUCUGGAGAGUGUUCAACUCGAUGGACUGGUAGUUUUAAAAAUAAUUAAACAUUGUCGAGAAUUUUUUCCUAGUCCAGUUACUGGUCAACUUCUCGGGCUUGAUGUGAAUGGUGUCCUGGAAGUGACUAAUUGCUUUCCUUUCCCUGGAUCAAAGCCCGAUGACGAGAAUGAAAUUGUAGAUGGUGCUCGAUAUCAAGUAGAUAUGAUGCGGUGUCUCCGCGAUGUCAACGUAGAUCAUAAUACUGUUGGAUGGUAUCAAUCGACAUAUCUAGGAUCUUUCGUAACGCAUAAAUUGAUUGAGACUCAAUACAAUUAUCAACAAACAUUUAACAAUAAGAGCGUGGUCAUUGUGCAUGAUGUUUCUCGGUCAACACAUGGAAAUCUAUCUCUUCGCGCUUUUAGAUUUACUCAAGCGUUUAUGGAGGCACAGAAAGAUGGAAAAUUUACCACUGAAUCACUUAUAAAGAACAAACUCACUUUUUCCACUAUUUUUGAAGAACUUCCCAUUACGAUUAAAAACUCCCACUUAGUGACUGCGCUUCUUCACUCAUUGGAUGAUUAUGAACAUGUUAUUCCAAAAGCUUCCUCGUUAGAUAAGGAGACUGUAGUUGGUCCCUUGACCCCCAAUUUUGAUACAUUGGAAUUAAGCCUCGACCCAUAUAUUGAAAAAAAUUUAGAGUUUUUAUUGGAGGCAGUAGAAGAACAUAGUCAGGAACAAAGCAACUUUGCAUUUUGGCAAAGAAGCGUUGUUAGGGAGCAAACUAAGAUGCAGGCUGCUCUACAGAAGAGAAAACAAGAAAAUGUACAUCGUAUUGCUUCUGGGCAGGAGCCUCUUCCGGAAGAAGAUAUUAUAAAGUCGUUUAAAUUUCCACCUGAGCCAUCAAGAUUAGAUUCUUUAUUAAUUACCUCUCAAAUUAAUAAUUAUUGUAAACAAUUAAAUCAAUAUGCUGGACCAACACUUGGAAAACUUUUU